GCCGUUGUUCUGCGCUACGAGCUCCAUCACGAUGGCGUGCGGAGUUUUCAGUCCUGUCCGCCUCACAGUGACUCGCUGGCGGCCAACAGCCCUGCUUCAGCUCGAGGGAGUGCGGAGCCUGAAGGCACAAACCAGCGACUUGAACGUGCAGUCCGUCACCGCUGAACCGGGGAAACUGAAGACCAUCGAUGACCUCCCAGGGCCCAGUCUGGCCACUACAGUUUACUGGCUGUUUGUAAAGGGCUACGCAGAUAAGAGCCAUGCAAUGCAGUUGGCGCAUAAGCGGCUAUAUGGACCAAUCUGGCGCUCGCGUUUUGGGCCGUUUGAUGUGAUCAAUGUGGCCACAGCAGAGCUCAUCUCACAAAUGAUCCGGCAGGAGGGCCGUUAUCCAGUGCGCACAGCACUGCCUCACUGGAAGGAGUACAGAGAAAUAAGAGGCCAGGCUUACGGGCUUCAUGUUGACACGGGUCCUGAGUGGUACCGUAUGCGUAGUGCUCUGAACCCGAAGAUGCUGAAGCUGCGCGAAGCGGCUGCAUAUGCACCGGUCAUUCACGACGUGGUGACGGACCUGCUAGAUCGUCUGGAGAAACUGCGUCUGCGCAGCCAGGACAAGAACACUGUGAAUGACCUCGCCUCUGAGCUCUACAAGUUCGGCUUUGAAGGAAUUUCCUCUAUCCUGUUUGAGACACGUUUGGGCUGCCUGCAGGAGGAAAUUCCCACAGACACUCUCCGUUUUAUUGCUGCGGCCAACAACAUGCUGACCCUUUCUGAGACCGUGCUGUUUUUUCCUCGAUGGACCCGCAAAAUCUUUCCCUUCUGGAAGCAGUUCAUCCAGGCCUGGGAUGACCUCUACGGCGUGGCCCGGCUUUUGAUUGACAGGAAGGUGAAGCAGAUGGACGAGCAGGUGCAGCGGGGCGAGAAAGUGGAGGGCAUGUACCUCACCUACCUGCUGUCCAGUAACAAGCUCUCCCUGGCUGAGGUGUACAUCACCAUCACUGAGCUGCUGCUGGGAGGAGUUGACACGACAUCUAACACCAUGUCCUGGACAUUGUAUCACCUUGCCCGGAGUCCAGAAAUUCAGAAGCGCCUGUAUCAGGAGGUCGUGUCUGUGUGUCCAGACAAGCAGCUGCCCACCACAGAGGACCUGACCAGAAUGCCAUACCUGAAAGCCACCAUCAAGGAGACACUCAGAUUGUACCCUGUAGUCCCUGGUAACGGACGCCUCACCCUCGAGAACGAAGUUGUUGUGGAUAAUUACUGGUUCCCGAAAGGGACGCAGUUCCACCUUUGCCACUAUGCAGCAAGUCACGACGAGAACGAGUUCCCUGACCCUGAGCGCUUUGUCCCGGAGCGCUGGCUGAGGGGGUUGCCGUCCCGCUCUCAACACCACCCCUACAGCUCCAUCCCAUUUGGGGUGGGAGUGCGGGCCUGUGUGGGUAAGAGGGUGGCCGAACUGGAGAUGUACUUUGCUUUGUCCAGGCUGAUGCAACACUAUGAAGUUCAUCCUGUGGAUGGAUCCCCUAACAUACAGCCUAAAACCAGAACCCUUCUCAUUCCCUCUGAACCCAUCAACCUGCGCUUCAUCCCCAGGGCCUAAGGAGGCGGCAGAGAGAACGUUCAGAUCCGGUGAAUCUUCUCAGCUCAGAUCAGAAACUUCUAUACAUUUAGCUUGCGUUUUCACUCCAGUGGUAUCUGUGCCUGUCGACACUGUGAUUGAACUGAAAGUGGUGAAAUGAAUUGGAACAUUUGAAUUGUAUAACUUACUUCACAGCUUUCUUUGAGUCAACGUGAGGGCUUCCACAAACUCCUGUUUCCUUAAGUCAUUAAAUAAGUUAUAUUAAAAUUUUUAAUUGACUUAACUUUUUAAAAAUAUUUUACAGUGUAGUACAUCCACUUUUAGUACACCAGCGACAUCAUGCUCUUACGUGAUGUGACCCAGCAUUCGUUAUUGCUUAAGGGUCCCUUAAGCCUUUAGUGCUGACAUGACUAUUAUCUCACUAAAACAACGGCCUUAGCACUGUAACCUUCACAUUUUAAGACUUUGCACUCUCACUCUCUAAGAAACAAGGUCUGUAAAUAAUAAUUAAGCCCCACUUGCCCAACUACAUAGUCAUGACUACGGACUACCUGACACUUGCUGACACUUGAGCCUAAUAAUCUGUGUGCAGAUUGUGCAUCUGUACAGAACCAGUCAAUCAUUUGAACAGCAUGUGAAUGUAUGUUUUUUCUGGUCUUAGACAUUUUGAUCUAAAGGUUAUGCUCAAAAGCUUGAAAUAUAUUGUACAAAUAAAAAUAGUAAAGUUGAAGCUUAUGUACAGUGCUGUGCAACAGAGACCACCCUUCAUUUAUUGAAUUUCAGUUCGGUAGUCAACAUGUUGUUUAUUUUUCAGCAUCAAGUAAAAAAAAGCAAAUAUUUUACAGAAAAUUACACAGAAGCCUCAACAACAAAAUGUCCUUUUUCAGUACUUAGUCCUUUAUUACAGCUUCCGUUCUUUUCAGGAGGCUUGGUGUCAGUUUUUCAAAGUGAUCUGCAGGGAUAUUUUUCCCCACCUCUAAAGUUCAGUCUUAGAAGUAGAGCUGUCCCGAAUUCCAGCUCUGGAGAUUUGGCACUAACUCGAGGUAAGAAGGACAUUCAUCAUAGCCCUAGUAAGGGACCAGUGCGAUGGGGCACUGUUUGCCUUGGAAAUAUAUACUGUCUAGCAUCGCGUUAGCAUGACGUUCGCUGCUGUGAGUCAAGUAAAAUCAAGUCAAAUUUAUUUGUAUAGCGCUUUUUAUAACUGAUGUCACAAAGCAGCUUCACAGAAAUCCAUUAAAGACAAAGUUUUAACAUGAAAUGUAAAUCCUCCAGGUGAGCAAGCCAGGGGCGAC